AUGGAUACGAACGUAUCAACUACAUCAGCCAGCUGGGCAGAGUUUGCAAGCCUAAGGCUAUCCUCAUCGCUUCCUGCGUCCAAGUCCAGCCUCUAUUGGCUAGCCUUACUCGUACUAGCUUCAAUCAUCGCAGCACCUCUUCGACACAAGUUCCAAGAUGUCGAGAUCUACCCAGUCAUCAACAAGACUAAGGAGGAAUACCUGACAGGCGGGCGAGCCCUCCUCGCCAAGGGAGCCAAGAAAUACGGCGGCAAGCCAUUCAGAGUCUUCACCGGCCAGGGCAGCACCCUCACGGUUCUGGCGCCUGAGUUCUGCCACGAUGUGAAGAAUGAUAACCGCUUGAGCUCGACCGAGUUCCUCCUGGCCUACUGGCAGGCCGGGACACCGGGGUUCGAGCCUUACUUUAGCUCAGGAAGCGAGCUCAUCCGUGAGAUGAUCCGAACUCAUCUCACUCAGAGUGAUGUUGACGAGGCAGCCAACGCUCUGAAAGACGUCUUCACGGACAACGAAGAAUGGCACGAAAUCAUUCUCGCCCCGACAAUCGCCCAAAUCGUCGCCCGCGUCUCUGCCCUGGUCUUCCUCGGCCCCGAACUCUGCCGGGACCCAACCUGGCUCACCAUCACCAUAAACUACCCCCAAAAAGCCAUGGCCGCCGCCAAAGUCCUCCGCUCCUACCCGGCCCCCGUCCGCCGCUUCGUCCACUGGUUCCUCCCCUGCUGCCGCGAGCUGCGCCAGAUGCUCCGCACCGCGCGGCAGGCUAUCGAGCCAAUCUUGCAGAAGCGGCGCGAGCAGGAGGCCGAGAAGGGUGGGGUCGUGUUUGAUAACGCGUUGGCGUGGAUCGAGAAGCUGGCGAAGAAGCAGCAAGAUCGGACGGCGCAGAAUGCGGCGUUUCAGCAGCUUGGGUUGUCGAUUCUUGCGAAUGCUUCGAGUACAGAUAUGGUGUCGCAGAAUUUGCUGGAUUUGUGUGUGAAUCCGGAGGUGACGGAGGCGUUGAGAGGGGAGAUUGUGAGGGAGACGAGGGGUGGGUGGAAGAGCUCGACGUUGUAUAAUCUGAGGCUUUUGGACAGUGUGCUGAAGGAGACGUUGCGUCUCAAGCCCAUUGCGUCGGGUCAGCUACUUUCAUCGACUACGCAUUGUGCCAUUGCUAACUUGCAAAUAGUGGCUCUUGGGAGGCGCGUGAUGGAAGAUGGCGUGAAAUUGAGUGACGGCACCGUGCUGCCCAAGACGACCGGCGUUGCCGUAUCAUCCGCGAACAUGUGGGAUCCGGAGAUCUAUCCAAACCCAGAAACCUUUGACGGCCGACGCUUCCUCCGGAUGCGCGAGGGCGGCAACAACGAGCACAACGCGCAGCUCGCGAGCGUGUCGCCGGAGCACAUGGGCUUCGGGCUCGGCUCGCACGCGUGCCCAGGUCGGUUCUUUGGCGCGAGCUCUGCGAAGCUGAUCAUGUCGCACAUCUUGCUCGGGUACGAGUUCAAGCUGGCGGAUGAUGUGGACAAGAGUAGUGUUGAGCCUAUGCGUUUUGGGUUCUCUACUCUGGCGAAUCCUAGGGCCAAGGUCCUGAUCAGGCGUCGCAAGGAUGCUGUCUGA